UACAAUGGUUUAUUUAUAGCGGUAUCGAUCUUGAAUUGAUACUUUUUGAUUGAUAUAAUCUGAGAUGUGCUAUGAACUUCAUUUCCUAGUGAGCCUACAAAUAUUUCGUACAAUUUUUCGAGAAAAUCAGUUCUGAAGAUGCGAUAUUGUUUUUCUUUUUUACUGACGGUUUUCAUCUUGGUGGGGUUGCCUAGCCUGAUUUGUGGACAGGAUGGACCUGAGGACAUCCCCUAUAACGAUUGUGGUGGAAGUGAUAGCAGCCAAAUGGCAAGUGUUCGGUUGACAGGUUGUGAAGAAGAUAAAAUCUGUGAAAUCAAGAUGGGAGACGAGCUCACAUUGAAAGUGAAGUGGAAUACAUAUCAAGCAGCAAUAAUCAAACUAAAAUCUAAGCUUGAAGUCCAGUUUUUCAUGGGUUUCAAGAAGGAAGUAGAUGUAUCUCCCAUAGAUGCUUGUCAAUAUUUGAAAUGUCCAUUAUCUAAAAAUACUCAAGUACAAUAUGCUGCCAAUUUCACAGUACCAACUCAAGGAAUACUGCCAGGCGAAGGACGAAUUUGGUGGAAGGGAUUCGCAGAAACUGAAGAAGAUCCGUUUUUGUGUGUAAACUUCCAAGUGAAAAUUCUGCCUUGAAUUUAUUUUGUGCCCUCACUUUAUUGAAUAUUUUUCUUAUUUUUGUAAUUAUAAGCACUACUGAAUUAAGGAAGGCUGCUAUUAAAAAAAUGUUAACUUA